GAGGAAUCCCAGCAGCAUCUUGGGCAAGCAAGAUUUCCCUGCGUCAUUGCUAACACCUUUAGAAAGCCCUAUAGCAUUCCAGCACUGGCCACACGCUGGGUGGUUGACCCGGAAGCAGUUUGCGGAGGGGGUGGUGUUUGGCUAUCAGUUCCGGUGCUUCGCUGUUGCGUUCAUUUGCUGCUUGCCAGUCGUCUCCUUCGGACGUGUGCGUUUGGAGGUGCUGUUGCUGGUCCAGAGCAUCAUGGCUGAAGUGGACUCAGGGAGCAGCCAGAGGCAGAGUGAAGAAAUCGAAGCGAUGGCAGCCAUUUAUGGCGAGGAGUGGUGUGUCAUUGAUGAACAGGCCAAAAUAUUUUGUAUUAGAAUCACUGACUUUAUGGAUGACCCCAAAUGGACACUUUGUUUACAGGUGAUGUUACCAAGUGAGUACCCGGGUACAGCGCCGCCUGUUUAUCAGUUGAAUGCUCCUUGGCUGAAAGGGCAAGAACGUGCAGACUUAUCCAACAGCCUGGAGGAGAUCUAUGUGCAGAACAUUGGUGAAUGUAUUCUUUACCAGUGGGUGGAGAAAAUAAGAGAUGCUCUGAUCCAGAAAUCUCAGCUCACGGAGCCAGGCCCAGAAGAAAAGAAGAAAACUGAAGAGGAAGAGGUUGAUGUUGAAGACGAUCCUGUUCUAGAACACCCUCCGGAAACUCCAGUUAAAACACUCGACCUCAAAAUCAGUGAAAGCACACCACCAGAAACAGAGGACUUGCCCCCAGUUGCUCAUGGCGUCCCGAUCACAGACCGGAGGAGCACCUUCCAGGCACACGUGGCCCCCGUCGUCUGUCCUGAACAGGUGAAAAUGGUUCUUGGCAAGUUGUAUGAGAAUAAGAAGAUUGCCAGUGCCACCCACAAUAUCUAUGCAUACAGGAUCUACUGUGAGGAUAAACAGACCUUCUUGCAGGACUGUGAAGAUGAUGGAGAGACAGCUGCUGGGGGCCGCCUUCUUCACCUCAUGGAGAUUUUGAAUGUGAAGAAUGUCAUGGUGGUUGUAUCCCGCUGGUAUGGAGGGAUCCUGUUGGGACCUGAUCGUUUCAAACACAUCAACAACUGUGCCAGGAACAUCCUGGUAGAGAAGAACUUCACAAGUCCCCCUGAGGAGUCAACUAAGAAUUUGGGAAAGAAGAAAGUGAAAAAAGACAAGAAGAAGAAUGAGAAGAAUAAUCCUUGACCCCAUGUGAAAGGUUAAUUUUCCAGCCACUGCACACAUUCCCAGUGGUCAUGGAAUCCAUUAAGAUAGCACACUGACAGCUCAAGUCAGCCCGUUCAUCAUCGUCACACCAGCAUUGUGUUUCCUGCUCUGGUUCUACCAUUUACCAGAACCAGAGAACCUAGAACAUAUUCCCAUGUGUCUCCCAUCUAUUGGGAGAACUGCUGUGAGCUUACUUGCCAUUUCAUAUAAUGCUAGGAAGUGACACAUGCACAGUGUUGUUCCUGAGCUAAGUGUCCAUUGCAGUCUUGUCACGUGCCUUUGUUAGGUGGGGAAGACGUCUCCAGAGGAAUGGAAAUGCCACACUUGUGACAGGAAUUGUCAUGUUAUUAGAUGAACAUUGCCUUCACUGCUCCCGAGAGCUUUUCAGAGUGGGAGCGCAUUGAAGACAGAGGUCUUGGGGAGUCUUUCUCUUGUGAUUUCACAAGUUAGCCACGCUUCCUUUCAUAGUAGUCAUCAUGGAGUAAUAGUUUACGUGAAAACCCAGGAGUAUUCAUCUGUGAUCAUGUGCCAAAGUGAUAGUUUACAUAUUUGCUAGUCCAAGUGUUACUCCUCAGUUUCUUUGCAAAUUGGUGACUGUGAAAUUUCAAAAAGUUAGUAUUUUUAGCCGCUGCCUUUUAUUGUUUGAUUCCUGUAGUGACACACAGUGAGCAUUCAGUCUCAGUAGUCCUUCCCUCCCUUCAGUGUGUUGCAGUAACAUUCCGGUGUCUCUGAAGGACCUGGAAGCACUUCCUUGUGUUCUUCCUGUGCUCUGGUCAACUCACUUGCAGAACGAGAUAGAGGCAGCAGGACACCACAGGAGCAGGCUGGCAGCUGCACCGGUUUGAAACACAUUUGCCAUUUGAACUCUGGCCAGACUUUUUUUAAUUCUGUGAUUUUUGUUGAGAGGUAGAGGGACAAAUCUUGUGAUUAGAUAAAAAGCUUUUUCCCUACAAAGUUUUGUCUAAUCUCCCUUUUUAAGAAGUAUUUUAUUUUUUUACCUGCAUAGUACAUAAGAAAUAGGACAGGAAAAUUCCCUUUGACAUGUAGGUAAGCUAUACCCUGUUAUUUUUUCAGAAAUAAUGCCAACAAUUACUAAAUUGAUCAAGUGAUCACAAACUAGUUUGAUUCCCCUCCCAAGGAAGGGUCAGGUGUUAGGAGGUGGCUUUGGGAGACUGCUGGAGCAUAGAAAGCGUCUGAAGUUGGGCAGAUGUUUUUCUCUUAAUUUUUAAGCUUGAAAGAUCCACAUCCUCACUUAGUAUUUUAAAUAGGAAUCCAGUAGCCAGCUUUACACUAGAGUGGGUUCUGAGACAGAAGUCUUAUUUUCAACAUUAUUUAAUGUUGUAAAUUAUCAAGAAUUAUAGGAUGACCUAUAUGUGUGUAUUUGGAACACUUACCUCUGUUUCCAUGAAAUGCUAAGUAUAUCCUAUGUAUUAAUUGUUACAGAACUUAGACAGUAUUUGCUAAAGAUAAUGAUAUAAUCUUGACAUUUCAGACCUGUGAAAAGUGAUUAAAAACACUAAGAAUUUUAUGCUGCAGAAAAAAGGAGUUAAUUUUCCUAGCACACUGGAUUACAAUUUCCUGGUGUUUUAUCUAAAAUAUAUUAGUGUUUACAGAAGAAAAAACAAUUUUUAUAUCUCUGAUCUCAUUUUCCUUCACUUAAAAAUGUUCCGUUUUCCUCACUUUACAAGAUUACUAACCACAUUUUAUGGGUUGAGAUCCUUAACCUUCUUCACUGCAGGUGGGAGGAGACCCCCCAAAUUCUUCAGUUCUGACUCCUGAAAUUAUUUGACAUAUCAUCAAUGCAAAAUAAUGAUAGCAUAUUUUUCUCUAUUAGAGAAAAUCAUAUGUAGAGAAUUUUUUAGUUCUCCAAAUAAUAACUUUCUAAAGCCAGGCAUCUGCUGUGGCAAUCUCUAUAUUAUAUUAGUUGAAAUGUUGUCCACAUGCCAGUAUAUAUGAACAAAUAGCGUUUACUUCGAUGGGCAAAGCAGAAGCUGCUUGGGGAGGUGUCUGUGUCAGAGACAGGCUGUUGGAAGCACUAAUCACAGGACAGAGAAAGCAGAUACUGUUUACAGGGCAGGUGAGUGAUACUGUAAUCACUUCAGUGAAUUGUGAUCACAUCCAGUCCACUAAAGAGAUGACCAUAAAUGGUGUAUACAGUUUUUAUUUUUUAUUAUGCAUGAUUUUGUAUAUAUGGCUAUUUUUCUUUCCGUAAAAAUGGUAUUAAACCGUAUAUACUGUUUUGUAUCCUACAUAUUUCAUAUAGAAGUAUAUUGUUAACAUUUUCCCAUAUCAAUAAAUAUUCUUCUAUGGCUUAA